AUGGCGAAAGAAAAGCAAGUCGCGACUGACUUUCAGAAGCUCAUAACCGAAGGUCGCGAGCGCAAACAGGCCCAAGAUCUCGCUGCGAAGGUCUUUAGAAGAGACCGAGUCUCAUCGGCACCACCCAGGUUCAACGGCACUGGGGGCUCCCUCGCCAGCCGCGCCGGAAUCAAGAAGAAGCUGACAAUGGGCCCUUACGCCGAACUCACACAGCGAGCUCCAAAUUCACCAGCAGUACCGAAACCCGGCAGCCUCGCUGCUCGCAUCCACGCCCCGGGCACCCAACCCCCAUCCGCGACCACAAAUGCCAGGGUGCAACGCCGCGUUGAGGCCCGACAAAAUGCCCUGCUGCAGGCGGAGCACGACUCAACGGUCGCAGCCCAGGUGAAUCUGGUCAACACCAGCAGGAAUAACACUGCGAGUCUCGGGGGCAGGCGACGGGGCGGGGGACUUCAGCAAGUGGCAGCACAACCACCGCCGCAACCGUUAAACAACGGGAUAACCAUUCGAGGUCUGGCCGGUCCAUUUGUUGUCAUAGCGCAGAACCUAGCCCCCGGAACGACGGCUGGCGACCUCGAGAGCGCGAUGACGCCCGUCGGCGGGCUUGUCAACAAGUGCCGGAUCAUCAAGACACACCCAAUAGUGAUCGCUGAGAUUGAGUUCCAAACUAAGGAAGGUGCCGAUCGGGUCAUUGAGAGGUUCAACAACCAAUUGGCUGACGGACGGAUCUUACACGUCUAUCCCAAGGUUGGAGGACCGCCAACAAGCCCGCUUCGAGCUCCUCGAGCUCCAGCAUCCCAGGGGAACGGUGUUCUAGUUGAUGGUUCGAUGGGUUUUGAGCCCAUGCAGGUGGAGGACAGCACCAAUACGGGACUGUACAGCGAUGAUCUCGUUGGUUCGACCAACACACCGGCCCACAAUCGGAGGGGCCGAGGGUUCCGAGGUGGCCGCGGUGGCAACAGUCGUUAG